AUGAUCUCCGGCAAGAUUAUUUUGAAAUCAGGAACGCAUCUAACGCUCAAUCAAAGAUUCAGUGAAAUUGCCAAGCGCACACCGACACAACCACGUAUCGAGCAGCAAACGAAUGUUAUAAUUCCUAGUUCUAGACAAGAAUUAUUUCGUAAUAAACGACCAGUAGCAUUGAGUAUUGCACAGCGGUUGAAAAAGCGAAGUAUCAACUACCGAAUUGCCGCAAACAUCAAUCGUCAAACGGCAGCAGCGACUUCGGGUAGAGGACGUAUUUUUCAACGUCUUACUCCUUCAAGUCGUCGUCGGGGUCGUGGUGGAAAUCAUUUAGGCGCCAAUGCGUAUUUAUUCGGCGGACAAAAUGGUAUGGGCAUACGUCUUCGUGGACAAGGUCGAAUCGGUGGAACGCGAGCAUUUCGUCCUCGAACACGUGGCUAUUUGAAUAACAAUGCCAUUAGUCGCAUAAGUAACUAUUCAUCACGUGGCAACCGAAAUAAUCGUGGUCGACGAAAUGGCAAUCCGAGCAACAGCAACGGCAACAAGAAUAAUUUCAACCGAUCGAAUCGAAAUCGAGGUGGUAAAAAUGCGAACAAUCGUGGACGUGCUAGAAUCAAUCCAAAUCGUAACGUAACAAAAGAAGGUCUCGAUAAUGAACUCGAAAAAUACAUGUCUCACACCAAACUCGAAAACGAAGCAGUAGAUAUGAAUGCAGUCUAA